UGCCCAACCCAUGAUGCAGCGUGGCGUUAUGCUCCUCGCGAUGGCCGUCGCCGCCACGACCGCUCAGACGACGCCCAACUGCUCGGCCCUCUAUGAGCAGUACGCCGACCUCUCGAACGCAACCAAGACACCAACGCUCGCCAACUGCCGCCUCACGACGAUCGACGCCUACUGCUCGACGCCCGCGUGCUCGCAGAUCACGAACCUCGCCGCGACCAUCGUGCCCUCGUGCCCGAUAACCAACACGGGCCUUCUCCUCCCGAAGAUUUGCGACGCGACUUGCAAGACGCUGGUCGCAACGUUCGUCAAGGCAGUCGGCGAUUGCCAAACGCUGCCGCUCAAGCUCAUGAGCGCCGACAACUGCCGCGGGUGCCGGAAGCUUAACUCGACGUCGUUCCAGUCCGACAUGGUCUCCAGCUGCGGGCAGUCGCCGACAGGCAUGUCCUUCUUCAUCGAGCGCGACUCCAAGGUGUCGCAGGGCAUGCUAAUUUGCACGCAGGCGCCGCUCCCGACCGACACGGUCGCCGACUCGGGCAACGGCAGCACGAUGUAUGUGAUCAUCGGCAUUGCCUGCGCCGUCCUUGCGAUUCUCGCAGCCGUUAUCUACAAGCUCAAGGCCAAGAACGACGCGGCCAAGCACAAGUUUGACUACAUCAAUGAGACCGAGGCCGGCGGUAUGACGGCCCUCGACAACUUUGGCAACCCCGACGGCUUCCGCGUCGCCAACGAUAUUCGCUUCGACGAGGAGCUCUCGCAGUUCCGGAUUCCUCAAAAUGAAAUCCAAAACGUGUCCCUGCUGGUCAAGGGCGGGUACGGCGUCGUCUUUCACGCGUCGUUUGGCAAGGACGAGGUCGCCAUGAAGCAGCUUUUGCCGUCCAAGGCCAAGGACCACAACGCGAUCCAGGAAUUCAUGAACGAAAUUCGCCUCUGCGCCCGCCUUGAGCACCCCAAGAUCGUCAAGUUUAUUGGUAUCUCGUGGUCGACGCUCCACGACCUCGCGGUCCUCUCCGAGUUCAUGUCGCGCGGCGACGUGAGCACGCUCCUCAAGAAAGACGUCAAGAAAUCCGAGGGCCACCGCCUUCUCCACUGGAACUCGGGCUGCAGCCGCGAGUGCUCGACGACCAAGGGCGCGAUUGCGGCCGACAUUGCCGACGCGCUCGUGUACUUGCACUCGUUCCAGCCGACGAUCAUCCACCGCGAUCUCAAGUCCAAGAACGUGCUUCUUGGCGACGACUGGACCGCCAAGCUCAGCGACUUUGGUAUCUCGCGCGUCACGACGGUCGAGGAGUCGAUGACGUCCAACAUUGGCACGGUCGCGUGGAUCGCACCCGAGGUCUUGACGGGCGGCCGCUACACGGAGAAGGCCGACAUUUACAGCUUUGGCGUGCUCCUCUCGGAGCUAGACACGUGCGAAGUGCCGUACUCCAACAUGUCGGGCAAGUCCAAGGACGCUCAGUUCUCGAACGCGCGUAUCGCCAUGAUGGUGAGCGAGGGCACGCUUCGCCCUGCGUUCAGCGACCGCAUCCCCGAGGCCAUCCACGACCUCGCGCAGGAGUGCUUGGCUUUCGACCCGGCCGAGCGCCCCGCGGCCAUGACGCUCUCGUACAAGAUCCACACGAUUGUCAAGAACCUUUAACCGCUAACAGCAAUGCCGAGUCUGUGUACAGUGUACAUGAAUCGAAGACGCGUGCCCAUCAUCCAAGGUGUAGCUACAAAGUUGAUUGAGUGCAGCGAUGUACCAAAGUAUCUUGAUGCGGUCAAGCAUAA